UCUGCCAUUUCAACCGAUGUCAUAGCUCCCUUCAAGCUCUACUCCGUGCUAUCGAGUGAAGUCUAUUGGUAUUUUUCGUCUCACAUUGAGUCCCGGCAAAUCGCCCCCUUUAUCCGGAAAUGGCUACUGGUUCACCCUCCACCAAGGCAUCGCUCGCGUCCAACCCAACGCCCAAUAUCGCCGCGUCAGAUGCAGUCGUGCACCUCGAGAGCGUCACGCUAAUCGACGCCCCAUUACAAGAUGUCUGGGAUACUCUGGUGGAUACCUCAACCUGGUCAGCAUGGAACAAAUUUGUGCCCGCAGUGACUAUCCGCCAGCAGCCCGAAUCCGAUGCCACGCAGAAUGUCUCCCCCAUCCUCCAAAUGGGGACGAAGAUGACAUUCCACGUGAAUAUGAACCCGACUUCUUCCCAGUCACAGCCAAAUCAAGAGGCGAUGUUGACCGUGGCUGAGCGAAGUCCUCCCACCUCCAGCAGGAACCUCGGCCGGAUUGUGUGGGUCAACGAUGCGCCAGCUCAGGGGCGCAUCAUGGCCUCACUUCUGACGGCAGAAAGGGUUCACGAACUUUCUGAGGUCGAGGUUCCAGGCGCAGACGGACAGGUGAGGCGGAUGACUGAAGUGCGCAACUGGGAAGCACAGGUUGGGGCUCUGGCAUAUGUGGUUCGUUGGAUGUACGGGACGCGGCUAGCGGAAUGCUUUGACCUGUGGGUGCAGGAUCUGAAAGAGUACGUCGAGAACAAGACGCGGGGAUGAACUAGGCUCGCACCUCCCUUCGGA